AUGAGGACAAUGGGAAUCCUGGUUUGUUUAGGAACUGAUUUUGUGUGGAAAUUCGACGGGAUGUAUAGGCGUUGAAACGUAUUUUGUGUAAACCGCUGACACUCAAACCGAGGGAACAGAGAAACGUAGGGAUACCACUCCAAUUUGGGUACUUUUCAAAUUGGAAACUCAUACUGGAGAUCUAAUAACCAAAAGAUACCCCUCUCAUUGAGAUUUUUUCCAUUGCAAAAACUUAUUCUAACUUUCUAGUUUCUUUGUAUUUCCACAGGUAAUGGUUGAGCACAUUUUAUUCCCAUAUUUCUAACCUUUUUCCUUCAUUCUCUCUAGUGUUUUUGUUUUAGAUCGGCCAUAAAACUGGGCUUUGUAGGCUGACUUUUAUAAAAAAGAAACGUAGGGAUACCAAUCUAAAAUUAUUAACGUGGACAAUGGGAAUCCUGGUUUCUUUGGGAACUGAUUUUUUUUGUGGAAAUUCGAUGGGGUGUAUAGGCGUUGAAACAUAUUUUGCGUAAACCGCUGACACUCCAACCGAUAUUACAGAAUAAAUCAGGGAACAAAGAAACGUAAGGAUACCAAUCUAAAAUUAUCAACGCGGACAAUGGGAAUCCUGGUUUGUUUAGAAACUGAUUUUUUGUGGAAAUUUGACGGGGUGUAUAGGCGUUGAAACGUAUUUUGCGUAAACCGCUGACACUCAAACCGAUACUACUCAAUAAAUCAGGGAACAAAGAAACGUAGGGAUACCAAUCUAAAAUUAUCAACGCGGACAAUGGGAAUCCUGGUUUGUUUAGGAACUGAUUUUUUGUGGAAAUUUGACGGGGUGCAUAGGCGUUCAAACAUAUUUUGCGUAAACUGCUGACACAAACCGAUAUUACACAGUAAAUCAGGGAACAGCGAAACGUAGGGAUACCACUCUAAUUCGGGUACUUUUCAAAUUGGAAACUCGUACUGGAGAUAUAAUAACCAUAAGAUACCCCUCUCAUUGAGAUUCUUUCCAACGCAAAAACUUAUAUAAGAGCCUAUAUCUCAUUAAGAUGUUUUUUUAACUUCAACCAAAGCAAAGCCAUCGUUCCUUCGCGAUCGUUGACUUUCAACAGAUUCUUAUCCAUCAUUUAUCUGAAUAACUAAAUUACUCUUAAAUUGAAGCUUACGUUAUUUCCGGUUCUCUGUUAAACCAAUACUUUUCCACCAUUACUGUUCCAUCAUCAAUCUUCCACCACCACUCUUCCACCAUUACUGUUCCACCAUCACUAUUUCACUACUAGUGUUCCACUGUAACUGUCCCACUUUCACAGUUCCAUCAUGGUGUUCCUCCAUUACUGUUCCACUAUAACUGUUCCACCAUUACCGUUCCACCAUCACUGUUCUAUAAUUCCUGUUUAACCAUUACUGUUCCACCAUCACUGUUCCACCAUCACUGUUCCACCAUUACUCUUCCACCAUCACUGUUCCACCAUGACUGUUCCACCAUGACUGUUCCAUAAUUACUGUUCCACCAUCACUGUUCCACCAUUACUGUUCCACCAUUACUAUUGCACCAUCACUGUUCCACCAUUACUUUUCCCGCAUCACUGUUCCACCAUCACUGUUCCACAAUGACUGUUCCACCAUCACUGUUCCACCGUCACUGUUCCACCAUUACUAUUCCACCAUCACUGUUCCACCAUUACUUUUCCAGCAUCACUGUUCCACCAUCACUGUUCCACCAUUACUGUUCCACCAUCACUGUUCCACCAUUACUGUUCCACCAUCACUGUUUCACCACCACUCUUCCACCAUCACUCUUCCACCAUCACUGUUCCACCAUUACUGUUCCACUAUCACUGUUCCACCAUCACUGUUCCACCAUUACUACCACCAUUACUAUUCCAUUACUGUUCCACCAUCACUGUUCCACCAUUACUGUUCCACCAUUACUAUUCCACCAUCACUGUUCCACCAUUACUGUUCCACCAUCACUGUUCCACCAUCACUGUUCCACCAUUACUGUUCCACCAUC